GGGAGGAGCGGGGAGAGAGCCGGGAGAGCUCCGGGAGAGCGGGGAGAGCGAGCCGGGAGAGCUCCGGGAGCCGCAGCCAUGCAGCGCCGCAAGGUGGACAACCGCAUCCGCGUCCUCAUCGAGAACGGCGUGGCGGAGCGGCAGCGGAGCCUGUUCGUGGUGGUGGGAGACCGCGGCAAGGACCAGGUCGUCAUCCUCCACCACAUGCUGUCCAAGGCCACGGUGAAGGCCAGGCCCUCUGUGCUCUGGUGCUACAAGAAGGAGCUGGGCUUCAGCAGCCACAGGAAGAAGAGGAUGAGGCAGCUUCAGAAGAAGAUUAAGAGUGGGACUCUGAACAUCAAGGAUGAUGAUCCCUUUGAGCUGUUCAUUGCAGCCACAAACAUCCGCUACUGCUACUACAACGAGACCCACAAGAUCCUGGGGAACACCUUUGGAAUGUGUGUCCUUCAGGAUUUUGAAGCCUUGACUCCAAACCUGCUGGCCAGAACUGUGGAGACAGUGGAAGGUGGUGGAAUUGUGGUGAUCCUACUGAGAACUAUGAACUCCCUGAAGCAGCUCUAUACAAUGACCAUGGACGUUCACUCCCGGUACAGGACCGAGGCCCACCAGGAUGUGGUGGGGAGGUUCAAUGAGAGGUUCAUUCUGUCCCUGGCCUCAUGCAAGACCUGCCUGGUGAUCGAUGACCAGCUGAACAUCCUGCCCAUCUCCAGCCACGCUGCCAACAUCACUCCUGUGCCCCCCCAGUCCCAGGAGGAGAGCCUGGGGCCCCAGGACUUGGAGCUGAGGGAGCUGAAGGAGAGCCUGCAGGACACACAGCCUGUGGGAGUGCUGGUGGAUGGCUGCAAAACCCUGGAUCAGGCAAAAGCAGUUCUAAAAUUCAUUGAAGCCAUUUCUGAGAAGACCCUGAGGAGCACUGUGGCAUUAACAGCAGCCAGGGGACGAGGGAAAUCUGCUGCUUUGGGGCUGGCCAUUGCUGGAGCAGUGGCUUUUGGUUACUCCAAUAUCUUUGUCACAUCUCCCAGCCCUGACAACCUUCACACUCUCUUUGAGUUCAUAUUUAAAGGCUUUGAUGCACUGCAGUAUCAGGAGCACCUGGACUAUGAGAUUGUUCAGUCCUUAAAUCCAGAGUUCAACAAGGCAGUGGUCAGAGUGAAUGUGUUCAAGGAGCACAGGCAGACCAUCCAGUACAUCCACCCUGCUGAUUCUGUGAAGCUGGGCCAGGCCGAGCUCGUGGUGAUCGACGAAGCUGCUGCCAUUCCUCUGCCCCUGGUGAAGAACCUGCUGGGCCCUUACCUGGUGUUCAUGGCUUCCACCAUCAAUGGGUACGAGGGCACCGGGCGGUCGCUGUCCCUGAAGCUCAUCCAGCAGCUCCGCCAGCAGAGCGCCCAGAGCCAGGUGACCCUGACAGCAGAGAACAAAUCCACAGCCACUGCCAAGCUCACCUCAGCUCGCACGUUGCACGAGGUGUCCCUGCACGAGUCCAUCAGGUACGCCCCUGGGGACCCCGUGGAGAAGUGGCUGAAUGAUCUCCUGUGCUUGGACUGCCUCAACAUCACCAGGAUCAUCUCUGGCUGCCCUCUGCCAGACACCUGUGACCUAUACUAUGUAAAUAGAGACACACUCUUUUGUUACCACAGAGCAUCAGAAGUUUUCUUGCAGAGGCUGAUGGCCCUCUAUGUGGCUUCACACUACAAGAACUCCCCCAAUGACCUCCAGAUGCUCUCUGAUGCCCCUGCCCAUCAUCUCUUUUGCCUUUUGCCUCCUGUUCCACCCACCCAGAAUUCCUUACCAGAAGUCCUGGCUGUUGUUCAGGUGUGCAUGGAGGGAGAGAUCUCCCGCCAGUCCAUCAUGAACAGCCUCUCCAGGGGGAAGAAAGCCUCUGGUGAUCUUAUCCCCUGGACCAUUUCAGAGCAGUUCCAGGAUCCGGAUUUUGGGGGCCUCUCCGGCGGGCGCGUGGUUCGCAUCGCGGUUCACCCGGAUUACCAGGGGAUGGGCUAUGGCAGCAGAGCUCUGACUUUGCUGCAGAUGUACUAUGAAGGCAAAUUUCCGUGUUUGGAAGAAGAAACAGUUCAAAAGGCAAAGGAAAUCACAACUGUGAGCAGUGAGACUGUUGGUUUAUUAGAAGAGGUUGUGACACCCCGGAAAGAUUUGCCUCCUUUGCUGCUCAAACUGAGUGAGAGACAAGCUGAGCACCUGGACUAUCUUGGGGUGUCUUAUGGCCUGACUCCCAGAUUGCUCAAGUUUUGGAAGCGUGCUGGAUUUGUGCCAGUUUAUCUGAGGCAGACCCCUAAUGACCUGACAGGGGAGCAUUCCUGCAUCAUGCUGAAGAUGCUCAAUGAAGAAGACUCUGAGCAGGAACCUUGGCUCACUGCCUUCUGGAAAGAUUUUAGGAGGCGCUUCCUUUCUCUGCUUUCCUACCAGUUCAGCACCUUCUCUCCCUCCUUGGCACUGAAUAUUCUACAGAACAAAAAUAUCAAACAGCAGCCCCAAGCACCCCUCAGCCGUGCUGAGCUGGAGUCAGCCUUCAUCCCGUACGACCUGAAGAGGCUGGAGAUGUACUCCCGCAACAUGGUGGACUACCACCUCAUCAUGGACAUGGUGCCCACCAUUGCCAGGAUGUUCUUCCUCAGCCAGAUGGGAGACAUCUCCCUCUCUGCUGCACAGUCGGCCCUUUUCCUAGGGAUUGGCCUGCAGCAUAAAUCUCUGGACCAGCUGGAAAAGGAGCUGGAACUGCCCAGCAGUCAAUUGAUGGGGCUCUUCAACAGGAUCAUCCGCAAAGUGGUGCAGCUCUUCAACACAGUCCAGGAAAAAGCUGUGGAGGAGCAGAUGGCAGCAACAAAGGAUGUUGUGAUGGAGCCAACGCUGAAAUCUUUAAAUGAUGAUUUGGAGGAGGCUGCAAAGGAAUUCCAAGAAAAGCACAAGCAGGAGGUGAUGAAGCUGAAGGAAAUGGACCUUACACAGUACAUUAUCAGGGGGGAUGAUGAGGAGUGGAACGAGGUGCUGAGCAAGGCAGGACAGAACGCUUCCGUUGUCAGCCUGAAAAGUGAGAAGAAAAGAAAACUAGAAACAGCACGAGGACCCAAGCAACAGAAGAAAUUUAAGAAAACUAAAGAUCUAAAGCAGAAGAGGAAGAAAUGACUUAAAAGCCAAUCAGUCAAUGAACUUGAAUGAGCAAGUGCUGGGUCUGUACUUAAAAAGCCCUGUUCUCCUCUAAAGCAAAAGACUAUUUUGGAGGGAAGAAAAAUCCUUAGAGGCAUUUUCCAAGUGUUUGUAUUGUGGGAAGAGCAGUGCUCCAAGUGUUUGUGUGAAGAUUUUUAUAUGAAGGGUGACUGCAGAGUGUGACUGAGGAACUGGAAUGCACUGGAAUGAUGAAGGUGCUUGAGCAGCUCCAAAAUUCCCAUUCCAAGAGGGCAGAUCUGUAAACUUCCUGCAUCUUAAUGGUUCUGUGGUUCAUUAAACAAGAGUUUGGACAACAAA